UGGAGGAAGAACCUGACGCCUCACGAGAAAGAGGACGAGACGAAGAGCAGGAGCAGGAGACACGAGAGGAGGGGAGAAGAACUGGACGAGCUUUACUGCUUUUUCUUGGACAAACAGAACUUCCAGUGCGCUCGGCUCUUCACGUCCUGGAGUCUGUCAUAUCACUGAUCCUCUGACUCAGUCUGGGGGGCGCAACUUUGCUUUUUAAAAGUUUAACAUAAAAGACUGGAUUUUUGUUUUCGAACAUUUCUAACUAUCUGGCUCCUUCAGCAGUGAUACCUGUCUCACAGUGUGUGUGUGUGUGUGUGUGUGUGUGUGUGUGUGUGCGUGCGUGCGUGCGUGCAUGUGUGAGUGAGUGUGAGUGAAAUGAACCUGAGUCAGUUCACAGGUACUCAGGUGCAGCUGUGUUAUUAUUUAUCUCAGUUCUCACUUUUUUCUCAAUCUAUGACUCGUAUCACAAGAACGGCUGCAGCAGCGUCUUCUUCGCAUUAAGGAUCACACUACGACAAUAUCUCCUGAAGGAACGUUGUGGAGACUCUUGCAAGUUCAAACCUUUUUUUUUUUUAAAUAUCCUGGAAGAAGCAGUUUUUCCCCGGUGAAGCUUCAGCCCCCCGGCCCCUGCCUCUACCUCAGGAUGGCUGGCUGUACCAGCCGCUGCAGGCAGGGGGUGCUCAAACUCAUCCAGUCCCUGCAGAGAUUGGUGUCAGGAACCCUCACCAAAGAUAAAACUGAUGACGAGCUGGAGAUGACGACGGUGUGUCACAGGCCGGAGGGUCUCGACCAACUGGAAGCUCAGACUAACUUCACCAAACAGGAGCUGCAGAUCCUCUACCGUGGUUUCAAGAAUGAAUGUCCGAGCGGAGUGGUGAAUGAGGAGACAUUUAAACACAUUUACGCACAGUUCUUCCCUCAUGGAGAUGCAAGCAUGUACGCACAUUAUCUUUUCAAUGCAUUUGACACUACAAACAACGGCUCCAUUAAGUUUAAGGACUUUGUGACGGGGUUGUCGAUACUGCUGCGGGGGACUCUGAGGGAAAAGCUGGAGUGGACGUUUCACCUGUAUGACAUAAACAGAGAUGGAUACAUAAACAGAGAGGAAAUGACUGAGAUCGUGAGAGCCAUUUAUGACAUGAUGGGAAAAUACACCUACCCUGCGCUAAAGGGAGACGUCCCACAGCAGCAUGUGGACGCCUUUUUUCAGAAAAUGGAUAAAAACAAAGAUGGAGUGGUGACUUUAGAGGAGUUUGUUAUAGCCUGUCAGGAGGAUGAAACCAUGAUGAGAUCCAUGCAGCUGUUUGAAAACGUGAUGUAGGUCAAGCAGAAGUGAUGGAGACAAAUACGUGGAAAUCAAGAGGCUUGGUGUGAGUGCGUGUGUGUGGAUGCAUAUGUGCAAUACAUCCAGUCUCUCCUCCUCUCCCCAUCGUAUCCAGCUGUGGUCUGGGUACAACCAGAAACCCCCACAAAGACUUGAAUGAAGGGACUGGACUGCAGUGAUUUUACCUCCCUGUGGAGUUUGGCAGCGCCACACAUUAAAAAGUGACUGACAGGCGAGCUGUGGACGUAGACACAUCACUCUCAGUCCUGUCUUGAAGAUUUGCCUGUUAGAGAUAAACAUGCUCCUGCAUUACAAAGCUGCUCCCGACCAAUGAAGAGCUAUUAGUCCAACCAGUGGAACUAUUUUUUCUUUCUUUCCUUCUGUUGUGCCAAACCAUAUUUGCAUGCUUUCGCAAGAGCUUUUGAUUUAUCUCAAAACUUUGUCAGAUUUGCUCUGGGAAUUUGGUCAUAAUGACUUCUGUGUUUAUCUCAUGCAGCUUGUGGUUGACAGAUUAUGGCAGAUUUCAAAUAUCAGGUAUUGGUUAGACUUUUGCAGUGAGCCCUGUACUUUAGUGUUGACCUGGCUGUCGCUUGCCUGCUGAGUCGAUCUGAUGCUUAAUGUUAAAUGUCUGUCUGAAGCUUUCAGUAGAAAGUCAGACAAUUUGAAACAGUACUUUUCAUGCUCUGUCUAUGUUGGAACUUAGGUUUUAGUGGAGAAAAAAAGAAAGAAGUGGAUUCAUUCUUUUAUAUUUUCACCUGUUGUUUUGUUUUGUGUGGUCAAGUCAGUGUGUUGUCAAAAAUGUAAAAAACAGUAUUAAACAGUAAAAAAACUUGCAUACAUUUUGGAUUUCAUGGUAAAAAUGAAAAUGUUUAAUAAGAGACUACAGAUCGUAAAGCCAAUAUCUUAAUUUGCACAGGUGAUCAAAGUGUGACUUGGAGGUGGCAACAAUAAUAUCAAUAAAAUAUUUAUAUGUAGCGGCCACACUGAUCUCUCUCACAGGAAGAGUCAGGUGUUUGUUGCUCAGCUCAAAAUGUUGAUUAAAUCCUGGUUUGAGAAAGUCUCUGAUACUCGUGCAGGGAAACACCACUGACUGUCAGCUGUGACAUGUGAUGAUCUGAUGGGGAUGAGGAGGAUGAUGAUGAUGAUGAUGAUGACCGCUCCGUCUGUGGUGGUGACUUCCUCCAAACCAAAUCUGUGAUGUCACACUGACGUACCGCUGCAGACAGAACAGGGCGACUCCUGUGGAUGUCUGCAGAUGUUGUUCUGUGAGUCAGGGUGUGUUUGAAAGCACCACCAUAAUAGAAACUCACUGUGGCUAUAGCCCACUAGUUUUAGCACUAAAUUAUUAAUCACUGUUCUUUUUGGCAUCCAGGGAGCAGUACAUCUGUGUGACAUCACAGCCUCGGGUCUCUGAUAUCUUGGUUUAGAGCAGUUGUUGUAUCUCACAAACAGAAAUUUAAUUCUAAGCCAUAAUA